AUGUCGGGAAACGCAUCAAAUUCAGGAGAAGUUAAUCCAAGUGUAUCUUCAUCAGUUAGUAGAAGUAGAAGUAAAAAUGCUCCAGGAAACCGAUCUGAUAUUGGAUGGAAAUAUGGAUUUGAUGUUAAUGGUAAUGGAAGAAAAGUGAAAUGCAACUAUUGCUCAAAGAUUGUAAGUGGAGGCAUAUUUAGAUUUAAGCAUCAUCUUGCUGGAACUAGAGAAGAUUCUGAGCCUUGUGCUUCUGUUCCGGAUGAAAUAAAAAAUUUGAUGAUAAAAGUAGUUGCAGAAGCUAAGAAUGCUUCAUUAAAGAAAAGAAAGAUAAAUAUCGGUGAAGACGAGGAAGAAAGUGAAAAUUUUGAAGGAGGACACAAGGUAUUCGGUUUUAAAGGAAAAGAAAAAGUUGCUACUACUAGUAAGGGGGGAGUUCAAGCAACUAUAAAUCAAAUGAUGAAAAAAGGAUACAAAGAAGAAGUUGAUGCUCAAGUUGCUGAAUUCUUUUACACCAGUGCCAUUCCUUUCAAUGUAAUUAGAAAUCCAGCAUUUGCAAAGAUGUGUGAAAUGAUUGGUAAGUAUGGAGUUGGAUACAAACCACCAUCUUAUCAUGAUAUUAGAGAGAAGCUCUUGAAACAAGCUGUGAAGAAAACAAAUGCAAAUCUUGAGGAAUAUAAGGAGGAGUGGAAGAAAACUGGAUGUACAAUUAUGUCUGAUGCUGAUAAAGUUUUCAAAAUGUUGGAUGAUGUUGUCGAGUUUGUUGGAGAAGAAAAUGUUGUUCAAGUUGUCACUAAUAAUGCUGCAAAUUUCAAGGCAGCCGGAGAGUUGUUGAUGCAAAAGAGGGAAAAAUUGUAUUGGACUCCAUGUGCAGCACAUUACAUUGAUUUGAUAUUCGAAGAUUUUGAAAAAAAUUUGAAGGUCCAUGAAUUGACCAUUAAGAAGGGAAGAAAAAUUACAACUUACAUUUAUGGGAGAUCAAUGUUGAUUUCCUUAUUGAAAAAGUUUACUAAAGGUAGAGACCUUAUAAGACCGGGUGUGACUAGAUUUGCCACGGCUUAUUUAACUCUUGCUUGUCUUCAUGAAUUGAAGGCAUCGUUGUUGACCAUGUUCAGCUUUGAGGAAUGGAAGACAAGCAAGUUUGGAACUUCACAAGAGGGGAGAAAAGUAGCACAUGUAGUAUUAGAUAGCCGAUUUUGGAAGAAUGUCUCCAUAUGCUUGAAAGCUGCUGCCCCUCUCAUGGUUGUCUUAAGAUUAGUGGACUCAGAUGUAAAACCUGCAAUGAGUUUCAUUUAUGAAGAGAUGGACUGUGCAAAAGAGAAGAUUAGGUCUAACUUUAACAAUAUCAAAAAGAGUUAUGAAGAGGUUUGGAGAAUAAUUGAUGCUCGAUGGGAUAAUCAACUUCAUAGGCCUUUGCAUGCAGCUGCCUAUUUUCUAAACCCUCAUUUCCACUAUGAACCUAACUUUAGAUCUGAUGAUGGUGGAGAGGUGAAAGAAGGAUUGUAUUUUUGCAUGAGAAGACUGAUACCAGAUAUGGCAGAAAGAAGAAAAAUUAAUUUACAAAUUGUUGAAUUUCAUAAUGCUAGAGGCCUGUUUGGAAUGGAAGAUGCAAAAGAGUGUAGGAAAGAGUUAAAUCCUGGGGAAUGGUGGGACAUGUUUGGUGAUGGAACUCCAGAGUUGAAGAGAUUUGCUAUUCGAAUUCUAAGCUUGACUUGUAGUUCUUCUGGAUGUGAGCGUAAUUGA